AUGGUCAGCCAUGGAUCCAUGCCUAUGCGUGCCCCACCCGGGCUCGGCAGCGUGCUCCAAGGAGACGAAGCGGCGCGAGUUGGCCGCAUUAUGAUGGAAUACGGAUCCAAGAUGCCAGUUUCCGUCUUCCUCGAUACCAUUGCAAACAAAUACUGGGCACGGUACCAAAUCUUAGGAAUUUUACAACAACAACAAGAACAAAUCUUGGCUUCUCACACGUAAGUAGAGAGGACAACAGCAGCAUUCAAACACUUUACAUGCAAUCACCCGCAUGUUCCUUCACUGUCCAUUCUCCCCUGUUCGCCAUUCUAGGUUCGGAGAAAAGUUGCAAUCUGCGCCAUAUGAGCUGAUGACUGAGCUGCGAAGCAACAAAGUCCUAAAGCGCGACGGAGAGGGCAUCGUCGCCACUGCGUCUCGUCCGGGGGACUUCGUACUGUUCGUGUCGUGCGUCCAGACCGUUCUGAGCGAAGCAGCUACCCCCUUGUCCGCUCAAGACGUUGAAGCCGCUUGGUACUAUUUCGCACCUUGAUACCGAUGUGUGAUGGCACACAUUUUUGUAAGGCAUAGUAUGAUGUCGAACAUAAACAAGAAGGACCAAGUUGUAGUGCAAAGGUUUCUGUUGUGUUUUGGGAACAAGUUGUAGUUCGAAAGCUCUUUCUUUAAUAUGUGCUGUAAAACCUCAUCGAAGAUGAAAUCAGCUUUCUUGAAAUUUACUUUCAAUGUAUCAACAAUCCAGGAUCCGUUACCAGGCAGACCCGGCUUAUGAGGACCGGUUUGCAUUACUGUCGUCGUUUUUACGCCGUCACGAGUUCAAGAGCCUUGGAGGUGUACUCGACAACAUCUGCGAGGUCGAUUUCGAGAUGCGUCACUCCGAUGGCAUGGCAACCCGCGUUUACAAGCUGGAUAACAACGGCAAUAAGGCGUGGACCACUGCCGGUACAACUGAAUCGGGGGAAAAGAAGACGAUCGACACUUCUAAGGGUAGCAAGAUGAACAAGAAUGUUAAGGGAGCUACGACUACGAGUACGAACAUCAACAACACUACGAACAUGAGCAAGAAAGGAGGAGGUGAGCAUGACGUUCAGGGAGAUGAACCGAAGGAUGCAUCUUCAGCGUCGAAGGUGUCGAAGUUGCACUACAACGCUAAGCCCUUUUCUAUGGGUAACACGUAUCAUGAUGCCGCUUUUGCAGGUGGCGGUGGUACGGGAUCUGGGGAUGCGUUUUACGGCAACACAGCCACAGGAGCUUCAUCCAUCUACGAUUACACCAGUGGCGCAGCAGUAACUACAGGUCAGCACGUGCUUCCGACCCCGCCGCCGCCAUCUGCUGCUGUGUAUGCGGGAAGCGUGGUGGGUGCGGCCGCCGGUUGGGGCAACAUGCCUGGCAGUCCGGAGAUGCACGAUGCUGGCAGCUACCUUUCCAGUAGCCCGGCUUUGCCGAGCGGGGUAGACCAGCACCGCUGGGGCACGGCUUCGCCGGAUUCGCUUGGGUGCGGUUCGCCGGGUGAGGACGGGUCCGGGUGGUACAGUCCGAUGGAGAGCAGCGGCUGGGGUCUGAAUGAACCAGUCGGUCUGUACCCUACGCUCUCCGUGAGCAGUCAGAACUCGACGUACUCCGCCGGCGCAGCCUACAACUACACUUAAGGCUUCGUGCCCUAAUAAUCCAUCUCAGUCCAGAAGAAUCUUGAAGCAGCGAAGGCGCAUCAACAAGAUGCGUUUCAAGAUGACUAUUUAGUUUUCCCUCAGAAAAAAGAAGAAGCAAGAAACAACUCUUCAACAUUGACCUCUUGCCAGGCACAUCAAUCAAGCAGAAUCAACGUCAUCAUCUUAGGUCCCUUCAAGCAAUAUUAUAGUUAUACAGUUACAACUGUCUAAUACACGCCGAGUCUCGGGAACGAACCGGGGUCCCCGGAAGAUCACGGUCUUAAAAGUUGGAUGUUAUCGGACGCUGCAACGCUGCACCGUGCCGCGGAAAUCCUCCAGAUGAUGGACGGUGGAGCGGGAUACAGCAGUCAGCUGCUUCAACAACAGAUGCUGACCCUGAAUGCCAGCAUGACGGCGGCUGCGAAGGGCGCGCCCACUGCAGCAAGCAAAGGACUAUCUACCGGAGGAGGUACAGCUACUUCUGCUUUCCACACUAACGUCGCAGGGAAAAACGGGAAUUUUUACAACAAUAAUAUGCAGACCUCUAGCACUAAAGGCGGAAAAGGACCAGGAGGUAGUACUGCUGGUGCCUGGGCGGGCGAUACAUCUGCGGCGAACAUCAACAACUUGACGGGCACUUUGAACACCAGCACAACCACGGUGUGGGAUGGUCUGGGGUCGUCCACCUACGAGGACGCGAAAUCCUGGGGGAAAGUACCGCCACCGCCACCACCAGUUGUACUGCCCAUGGCGCCGACUCCCAACGCGAAAGGCAAGAAAGGCAAGGGCAAAGUCGGCAGCAAGUCUGGAUCUGGAAUAACAUCCUCAUCUUCAAUCACUACAAGAUCUUCAGCAGCCCCUUCUGCUAAUGUUGGUUCCAGCAGCACAAACAAGCAAGGUCAACAUCUUCAAAGUACUACGUCUACAACAACAGGCGCUUCGGUUGUAAGCAAUAAUAAAGCACUGGGCAGCAAUUCGACAACAGGUUCUACGUCGACUACUGGAAAUGAUCAAUCGGCAGCUCCGUGCUACGGUGCUGCGCCAGGCCUGGAGCAGUCUAAUCCUUAUGCCACACCACAGAAGCGCUGGAAAGCUGAGGUAUCUGCUGCUUCAUCUGGUAUCGAGAAUUCUGGCGCCAAAACGACGGCUGAGACGCGCAAACACGUGACCCCGCUCUUUUUAUGCUGGUCACUCUAUCGGAUAAUCAGUAUCUUGUUCUAUACUUAGUUAGACUUAUCUAACAUAAUCAUUUUGAUUUUCUUCUGCUUGAGAUCACCUUAUCCACCAUUUUCUAUACUUACAACAAGAGCCAUCUUUUUCUUGAUCUUAUUGAGCAGCAUUUUAUGUGGUCCUUUCUUUAAUAUGCUUAAAAAUUCACUACGUACUAGUUGUUCAUGUUCUCCAGACAGAUGAUCCUGUUCCUGUGUUGCUUAACCUUGUUAUGGGGAAAACCAAAGAACACGUUAGGGACUUGACUUAACAUGCUUUUGAGAUAAGUAGAUGUACGAAAAGUUGGUACGAUAAGUAGGUGUACGCAAGCUCUAAGCUUUUCGCCGCCAGCUCUCGAAGGUAGUUGGAGUGCGGGACCCCCAGCAGCGCCAAAAGCUACUCCAUGCCUCAAGCCGAACGCUCCGACGCCGGUCUUGAAACCAUGUGGAAGUGUAGCAUUCCUAUUAAACUUCUGUUUAACAUAAUUAAGUAGAUAGUUUGUUAGUAUGUUGGUAUAUAUUUAUAAAACUACUUUUGUUUCAUUUAAAUUACAGCAUAUUUAUAUCAUAGAAGGUGUCUUGCCUGUUGAGUUUCUUACGUAGACGUAGUUCUGACUACUUUUCGUUUUUCAAAUUUUCCUCAAUCCACACAACAGCCACCCCCAGCUUCGGAACCAGAUAUGCAAAAGCUCCAUAAAGCUAUUUUGAAGUUCCUAGACGAAAAGCCGACCGCAAGUGUGGACGAAGCGGCACGUGAUUUCGAUGUCAAGACUUGCUGGAAAAGCGUUGGUACUGGUCCCAUAUUCAGUACUUUUUCUUUUAGUUCAAUUAUCCCCUUGAUAAUUUGUAUCGUUGAACAAAUUAUUUGUCAUCGUUCUCUUCUACGCUUAUAUGUAAAUCUUGUUACUUUCUCAAAAUUAUUACCAGGUCGUGUGCCACUCUGGAAAUUGUUGAAGCAGUUCCCGUCGACAGUGCACCAGAAGCAGCAGCCGGAUGGUGUGUGGAUCAUUCGUCGUGUGACAGAAGAAGACAGCGUCGAGAUGCCACGAGUCCAGUGAUUCUAGACUGAAAGAGGAGUCAGCCAGUCAGUCAGAAACGACUGUCGACUUGAAGAAGACUCUGACUGGUGGAGAUGGCUGAUUGGCUCAUUACAUCCUUCACUAGCAUCCCUGACUCUUUUUUUUCCAGUAGGAAAUACGUCAGGGACGUUCUGAGGAAUGUAAUUCCGUAACCUCUAAAAAUGGUUGUUGAGCACCACAGACACGAUAGUUACCGAACUUUUUUUCCCACCGGAUGAAGAUCGAUUCCGCAGGGCGUUUCUAGUUGAGGAGAGACUGUUAUAAUUCCCUCUACUUUUAUUUAGAUGGAUUAUACGGCCAAAAAGCCCGACUAAUCGGGCCGCCGACGUCGCCCAAAAAUGAAUUAAUGAGUACGGGGCGGUGAUGUGUACGAGUUAGUCUUAUUUUGCUUCACCCGUGGUCAUUCAAUGAAUCCAAAGAAAAAUGAAUGUCCUUUCUUUAUUCAAUAACUUAUAUAUUCUUCAACUCAGGUAGUAAGGACUAAGAUCUGAAAAAAUUUAGAUUUACUGUUGAUAAAGAUUCUUGGGUCGACGAACAUGGUUCAUUUCGAAGAAAAAAUAUUUAUUCGCAUACAAUAAGAACUAUAAGAACUAUAGCACCAAUCUGCAUAGCGCGAUAGGCAUCUAAAAUUGAUACUAGAUCACGGAAUUAUCGAAUGAACACUAACUGGCAAUUCUUAGUUGGUAACAGAUAUCCAUCUACUUCUACACAAGACAGGAGCAUACUUCUUUCCUCUGCAGCUGUCUGCAGCAACCGCUGUUGUCCAUGUCUUCUAUCUUAUAAUUUUUGCGCGAUUAUCUAUCUUCGAUGUCAAUUCGAAGGUCUGUACAGAAUUUGAACAGAUUGUGGAUAGAUAUACUUGAAUGAAUACGAUGAUGUACAUGUUGAAGGUUGACCAAGGAAGAAAAAAGAGAGAGCUACUGGAUUCCGACAAAGAAUAAAGUCAGUACCAUUCGGUCUACUGUCUGCCAACUACAUGAUUAUGAAUGACAACGCGAUGAUUAAGGAGGGUCACGACCACGAUGAUGAUGAAAUAUUUCUGUUUGGCAAGAUGGGUGUAAUCGAGCAUAAAAAUCCUACCGAGUUCAUGUUUUGCAAGAGAUUGAUGUAAUAAUCAUUGCUGUUAUUCAUGUUAAGCAAGAGUACAUGUCCUUGAACAGAGUUGGUAUAAUUUUUUGAUAGUUAGUAUGUCAUAGAUCGAUGAAAUCACAAUUAUUUUCUUUCUGCUUGAAAGCUAGAUUUUGUCAACGAAAAAGAUGAAGUAUAAAUAUAUAAACUUAAAAGUUGUUGUGCAGAUCCAGAUAGAAAUAGAUUUAUAAGAUGAUUUAGAAUCGAACUGUUUUUUUUGACGCAGGGCACGCAGGUAAUCCCAUCAGAUGAGAGGACGCAAAGACCGUUGCUGGCCUCUCCCAGUUAAAGACCUGAAGGUGAUAGGAAAGCACGUCGCUCUACUCAAGCAAAAUGAAUUAGUAGGACUUUUCCAUGUAUCCUACUGACCCAGCCCUUCGAGGGGGAAAAUAAAUCUUUUCUUUCGUGAAAUGAAUAAAUUGAGAGAAACAAAAAUACGACGGCCUGGAAGACCAAGGAAAUCUGAACCAGUUUGUUAUAAUGAGUGAAG